AUGAUGGUGGUAUGCAACUCUGCCUCGGCCCUUCGAGCAACCAGCCCGGACGACUGGAUCACCAAGUUCACCAAAGACAACGGCUGCGCGCUCUUUGGCUUUGCAGGCUGCUCGUACUGCACCCAAGCCAAGGCCUUCUUCAAGUCCAAAGGUGCGCACUUUGGCUAUUGUGACAUUCAAGACUCGUCAACGACUCCGACGGGCCAAGAGAUCUACCGCGCCCUCGAGAGUCGCACGCAUCAGGACACGGUGCCCAACAUUUGGCUCGGCGGCAAGUUCAUCGGCGGCCUGGACGCGUUAAAGAAGCUGGAAAGCAGUGGUCGUCUGGACGCUGCGCUGGCGGUGGCUGGCUGCACCAACAAGCCGACGGCCAAGCCCUCGACCAAACCCACGGUCAAGCCCACGCGCAAACCGUCAACCAAGCCAACGACCAAGCCCGGAACGCAGCCCACAGUCCAGCACAACGGAACCUUGUCGGACGCGUAGACGACGUUCCACGUGUUUGUGUUUGCACUUGUGACGUGACGCCUUCGCGCCUUGGUGUAAAUGUCUUUC